AACCCCAUUUUUGGUUCAGUUAUCUGUGCUAUUAUAGUAUUUUUCAGUCUCAGUUUGAGCAUUUUUUUCUGAUGAAAUGCCCCAGUUUGAACAUUUGAUAAAUACUACUCCCUCCGUUCGGAAUUACUCGUCCAAGAAAUGAAUGUAUCUAGAUGUAUUUUAGUUGUAGAUACAUCCAUUUUUAUCCAUUUUUGUGACAAGUAAUUCUGAACGGAGGGAGUACUUAGCUCUGAAACCACCUAAUCACUUCAUGCACUUUAAGCUUUAUAUUUGCCAUUUGAUGUCAAUGUUUUUUUUUUCAAUGAAUGUUCAUUUGUGCAUGGUACUCGUAUAGAUCUUCGUUACACAGAAAUGCUUCAUACAGUCAAGGUAUUUUGGACUUGAAAGAAACUUGGAGAGGGGUUUAGUUCUGGAUUGCUUAUUUGUUCUGUUCCGGAAGUGUUUACAUGUUCAGAUUAUGUACUGUACAUAGACUAGGCUCCAUUUGUAGUUAUGUGCACGCUUAAACAUCAAAUUUGUGGGGAUGGAGAGGGAAGUGUGUUCCAGUGGAUAUUUUGUUCGGUGUCCAAUUUUUAGUCAAGUGACAGAAUGAGGGAAAUUUUUAUUUGUUAAUUCUUGUUAUGCUAGUUUGUGAUUCUCUUCUAGGCAGUAGGUUCAUCAGGUUCUUAAAGAAACAAGGACGAGUUCCUUCACUUUCUGGAUUCAAGUCAGUCUUCAAUAUUGGAGAUGAUGUAGAGGAACAGAAAGAAAAUUGAAAAGACAACAGUUCUCUUGAUACAUUGUUUCCUUCUCUUCCAUAGGGGAGCGUGAAUAAGGAAGAUUGGAUGUGAAUACAGGAAACAUAACAUUAGGGUUGCUUUAUUUAUUACUACCUCUGUAACUUAAUAUAAGACGUUUUUUGACUCUACGACAGUGUAAAAACCCGUCUUAUAUUUUUUUUUACGGAGGGAGUAUUAUGUUUUUUAUCUUCACCAGAAGAAAACAAAAUGGAGGGUCAACUGCCAUGUCGUGGAGUUGUCAGUCAUCGCCGUCAUACAGUUAUGAUUGAUCUCCUUGAUGUAUGCACAUACUUCCUGCUCAAAUGCCGUUGGUUGAUGUUUGCAGUCAGGAGUUCCUUUGUGUUCCCUCUGUUUGGAUGCAAAGGAAUUAAUGUGCAAGGAAGGGUUGCAAUCACUUUUUCCCAUGGAAGAAAUUGCCAUAAUGGGUUUGUGGGAACUGCUGCCACACAUAUAUAACGUCAAGAGGAAGAUCAAGGAUACUUUAGAUGCUGCUAUAUUAUUUCGGCCUCAUGCUGUAGUUACUGUUGAUUCAAAGGGGUUUUCGUUUCGCCUAUUGCAGCAAUUAAAAUGUAGGUACAACCAAAAAGUUGAUAGCCCUCUACAUGUCCAUUAUGUUGCACCAUCAUUCUGGGCCUGGAAAGGUGGUGAAAGCAGGCUCUCAAAGUUGCAUAAUUUUGUGGAUCAUAUGUUAUGUAUCCUUCCUUUUGAGGACGAAAUUUGCAGAUUACAUGGGUUGCCUGCUACAUAUGUGGGCCAUCCCUUAUUGGAUGAUGCUGCUGGCUUAAAUGUGGCAGGGACUUCGCUUCAACAUAAAAAUGUGGACUCAGAAUUAUCUCCUGACAUGUCCAUGCGUCAACGAAGUGGUGAAGCUUUUAGCCUGGAGCAUGGGUUGUCUUCAGAUGCCACAAUCUUAACCAUGCUGCCUGGAAGCAGGAUGCAGGAAGUAGCUCGUAUGCUUCCAAUCUUCUUUCGGACUGUGCAACAUUUAAGUCACACUUUAAAUGAUCUGUCACUAGUCAUCCCAGUUGCUCCACAUCGGGAUGUGAGGACCUAUGUUGAAAAUGUAGUUCGAUCAGUGCCGUUUCCAGUGGUACUGAUACCUGGGGGUUCACUAGAAAAAAGAUAUGGUGCAUUCAAUGCUAGUAAAGCAGCAUUAUGUACUUCCGGAACAGCUGUCAUGGAACUAAUGCUAGCAAAGCUACCCUGUGUGGUGGCCUACCAAGCUCAUUUCCUUACCGAGUGCUUCAUCCACCUGAGAAAAAAGAUAAACUUUAUUUCUCUACCAAACAUCCUUUUGGACUCUCCCAUUGUGCCUGAGAUCCUUUUUCGAGCGUGCACAGAUAAAAAUCUAGCUGCAAAACUAAGCGAGGUUAUCUUCAACGAUGAAGUCCGUCAGCUGCAAGUUGGAUCAGCUGAGCGAAUGCUCCAGGUUCUCUACGAACCGAUCAAGCGACAAGGCAAUUUGUUCGCAGAGGAGUUGGGGGACUCGGGCUUGUCAUCAGAUGUCUACUCCCCCAGCACGAUUGCAGCAUUGACAGUGCUUUAUACGGACAAACAUCGGCGGAUGGUGCACCGGAAUUGAGCGGGCUUUCGCAGUGGUGGAUGAAUGUUUCAUCUUCCAGAGUGCCAGGGCAGUCGCUACCGGCAGGGGACUGUAUUGGCUGCAGUUGAUGAUUGAUCAUUGGAGGAGCAAAGCAAAUGGUUGGGUAAACUUUUUCGGUGUGGACUGAUGUAGAGUUCGUGUCAGCAUCACAAUAUCGUUGUAGAAAUUUCGAACGCAUGUGCUCUGGUGGGUCAAUUGUGUGUGGGCCUUGGUCAUGGACAAAUCCGGAGUGAUGUUUGGCAGAGAAAACUCUUCCAUGAGUGGAAUUUUGUGGAGGGUGCAUGGAGCAUAUGAGCUGGGGAAGAAGUAACUUAAAAUAUUUAUAUCCUGCAGCUUUUGUAACUGUAA